AUGGAUAAUUUAGCAGCAGCGUGGAACCGUCUAUCGUUAUCAAAACAGGAAGGGGAGGUUUUCAACUUUGACAACCAAAAGUGUAGAACAGUGUGCACGCUUGCUGCUAAGUUUUUUACGAAGCGUGCGCUUAACAUUGACGCUGUCGCUCGGACUCUCAAGCCUUUAUGGAGGACGAAACAUGACUUUGAGAUUCAAGAUAUGGGAGAUCAUAUUAUGCUAUUUGUUUUUGAGAACGAGUUAGAUGCUAACAGAGUCUUAUUGGGAGAACCGUGGAGUUUCGAUAAAUACCUGAUUGUUCUACGAAGGUAUGAGGAUGAUAACUCUUUGAGGAAUCUGUGUUUUGAUACGGCAAAAUUUUGGAUACAAGUUCAUGACUUACCAGUGUGGCGGCUGGUCACUGAAGUGGCAGAAGCACUUUGUCAGUCUGCGGGUCGAGUUAUUCAGUCAAAGGAUCGAUCUGAGAUGGAAUGUGGUGAUUUUAUGAGAAUAAGGGUAGAGGUUGACGUGCACAAACCUCUGUGCCAUGGUCGGAAGGUUCGGUUUAGUCCGGAUCGGGAAGGAUGGGUAACGUUCCGGUAUGAACGUUUGUCGAUAUUUUGUCACUGGUGUGGUGUUUUGAAUCACGAUUCGAAGGACUGUGAUCUAUGGCUUCAAAGUAAAGGCGAAUUGAGGGUGGAAAACAAAGGUUAUGGGGUUUGGCUAAGGGCUGAUCCUAUUAGUUUACUACGUAAGAAGGUGGUUAGGGUGAGUGGGUCAGGUACAAGUAUGGCGCCUCCUCAUGUACCUACUGAACCAACGAGGGGCUCAGGUGGGGAUUCUGGUGUAACAGAGGGUAUUCCGACAGAGCUGCCACAUGAUUCUGACCGAGGGAGUGCUGAUAUGGAUCUGGGAAAUAAUAGAGGCAGAGUGGAUCGUUCUCAAGGUGCUUUAAGAGCUUCAGAAAUCCUGAGGAGUGAGGAUGCAUUCCAAGAGCACCUAAAGGAGAUUGAUAGGGAGUUAGGAGAUAAUAUGACCACAAUGCAGGGUGAAAGGGAGACAAAUAUUCCAGUGGAGGAUAAGACCAAUUCUCAGGGAAAGGAAGUGGUUUUGGUGAAUGGCUCUAACUUGGAAGGUAGUAAUCUAGUUGUCGGGGAAGCUGUAUUUCAGUCUGAGGGGGAGAUGAGUGACAAGGGACCCAGUUAUCCAGAGGGGGAAGGUAUGAUGAGCUGUCCAAUAAUGAUUUAG